CUCUAAUUUUACUAUGUAGAAAUCGCCGUUUUCCCUCGCUUUUUCCUUCAUAAUUUGCUCGAGAAAAUGGAUCACGGUAGCACACUAUCCAAACACAUUGUUUCUCAUUGAAAAUCAAAAAAAGCUUUCAUAUCAUGGCGGGUUGCUGUAGAUAUUCAGUGUCGGCUUUCACGUUGCUAUGCCUAUGUGUUUUCACGAUCCUUAUGGUUUUAGUUAACUAUAAUCAUUUCAAUUCCUUCAUGAGCAUCUCGGCUCCAACUCUUGAAUCGCCAGGACCUAAAUUAGAGUUGCAGAGACUAAUCGUUUCUACUUCUGGUCAAAUCAGAGCCGUUAGUUCCAGCAGAUCAACUGAUGAUGAUCAUCACCUCAACCGAAACAGCACCGUUGUAAGAGAAACAAAGAAACUAAGCAGAGAACAAGUUUUAGAACAAGGACUAGCCAGAGCUCGAGCUUCGAUUCGCUCGGCGGCCAUCUCUCGAAUCGUUAGGCUUUCUUCUUUCAAGAACGGUAACGACGUUCCCGUUGGAGAUGUCUAUCGUAAUCCAAGCGCAUUUUAUCAGAGUUAUGUAGAGAUGGAAAGGAGAUUCAAAGUUUAUGUGUACACAGAAGGAGAGGUGCCAAUAGUCCACGAUGGGCCAUGUAAGGAAAUAUACACGAUAGAAGGCAGAUUCAUACACGAGAUGGAGCAUGGGGCUAAGAGGUUCAGGACAAAUGAUCCACAACGUGCUCACGUUUAUUUCAUGCCCUUCAGUGUCACCUGGAUGGUCAAGUAUAUUUACACGCCUCUUAGUUUCAACGUUACUCCUCUUAAGCAGUUUGUUUCAGAUUAUGUGAAGGUGAUAUCCACCAAACACCCAUUCUGGAAUCGAACUCAUGGCGCUGACCACUUCAUGCUUGCUUGUCAUGAUUGGGGGCCUCAUGCAUCAAAAGGAAACUCGCUCCUCUACAACAAUUCAAUUCGAGUGUUGUGCAAUGCCAACACCUCCGAAGGCUUUAAUCCACAAAAGGACGUAAGCCUUCCCGAGAUCAGCCUCAACGGUGGCUACUUAUCCCCUAAACUCAUCCACCCGCCACCGUGCAAUGCUUCUCGACCGUAUCUCUCUUUCUUUGCCGGUGGACUUCACGGUCCAAUCCGCCCGCAUCUCCUCCAACACUGGAAAGGCAGAGAUGAUGACAUGCAGGUUUACGAAUACCUCCCGAAAAACAAAGACUAUUACUCCUACAUGCUGCAAUCAAAAUUUUGUCUAUGCCCAAGUGGGUAUGAAGUUGCCAGUCCAAGGAUUGUCGAGGCCAUAUACUCUGAAUGUGUGCCGGUUAUUUUAUCGGAUAACUAUGUGUUGCCUUUCAGUGAUGUGUUGCGGUGGGAGGCUUUCUCGGUACAGGUGGAAACAACGAAGAUUCCGAGAUUGAAAGAGAUUUUAUUGGCAAUUCCAGAAGAAAAAUACCGGAAACUUCAAGACGGUGUGAGAAUCGUGCGUAAACAUUUUAUGUUAAACCAACCUUCUAAGAGAUUUGAUAUGUUUCACAUGAUACUGCACUCAAUAUGGCUUAGGAGAAUUAAUGCAAGACCCGAAUAGAUCUUAAUUCUUUUCAAAUACAUGAUA